AUGGCGUCGAAGCGCAAGGCGACGGCCAUGGGCACCACCGUCACCGAGGAACCAGUAGAUCCAUCUGAUGAGCUCAUGUUCCUGUGUCUCGGAGGCGGCAACGAAGUGGGCAGGUCAUGUCACAUCAUUCAAUACAAGGGCAAGACUAUUAUGCUUGAUGCUGGCCAACAUCCAGCCUAUGAUGGCCUUGCUGCGUUGCCCUUCUUCGACGACUUCGACUUGAGUACUGUAGAUGUACUGCUCAUCAGCCAUUUCCACGUGGACCACGCCGCUUCUCUUCCCUAUGUCUUGGCGAAGACGAAUUUCAGGGGUAGGGUCUUCAUGACCCAUGCCACCAAAGCCAUCUACAAGUGGCUCAUCCAAGAUAGUGUUCGAGUUGGCAAUACGUCGUCCAAUCUCACCACACAGCCCGUAUAUACCGAACAAGAUCAUCUCAACACCUUCCCUCAAAUUGAGGCAAUCGAUUACCACACCACGCACACCGUAUCCUCGAUCAGGAUAACUCCGUACCCCGCGGGCCAUGUUCUGGGUGCUGCCAUGUUCCUGAUCGAAAUAGCAGGACUCAAGAUAUUCUUCACCGGAGAUUACUCUAGAGAGCAAGAUCGACAUUUGGUCUCCGCGGAGGUCCCGAAAGGGGUCAAGAUCGAUGUUCUAAUCACAGAAUCAACCUACGGAGUAGCCAGUCAUGUGCCCCGAUUGGAUCGAGAGCAGAUGUUGAUGAAGUCAAUAACCGGUGUGCUCAACCGCGGCGGCCGGGUGCUCAUGCCGGUCUUUGCAUUGGGUAUGGCACAAGAGUUGCUACUCAUCUUAGAAGAAUACUGGGGGAAACACUCAGAACUCCAGAAAAUACCCAUCUACUACGCGAGUAAUCUUGCUCGAAAGUGUAUGGUUGUCUACCAGACCUACGUCGGUGCAAUGAACGACAACAUCAAGCGUUUGUUUCGAGAACGCAUGGUCGAAGCUGAGGCCGGCGGCGAGGGAGCAGGGAAAGGUGGUCCUUGGGACUUUAAAUAUAUUCGUUCCCUGAAGAACCUCGACCGAUUUGACGAUGUUGGAGGCUGUGUGAUGCUUGCUAGUCCGGGUAUGCUCCAGAACGGAGUUAGCCGAGAGCUCCUGGAGAGGUGGGCACCGAACGAGAAGAACGGUGUGAUCAUCACAGGCUACAGCGUUGAGGGAACUAUGGCCAAGCAAAUUGUCACGGAACCAGACCAGAUCCAGGCGGUGAUGUCUAGGAAUAUCAAUGCCGUCAGGAGAGGGCCAAGUGGAGAGGGUGACAAAGUUAUGAUACCCCGGAGGUGUAGCGUCGAGGAGUACUCCUUCGCCGCACAUGUCGACGGCAAUGAGAACAGGGAGUUCAUUGAGGAGGUCGCCGCUCCAGUAGUGAUUCUUGUCCAUGGCGAGCAACACAAUAUGAUGCGGCUGAAAUCCAAGCUCUUAUCCCUCAACAACGCAAAGCCGGAAAACGAGAAGACCAAGGUCUACAGUCCGCGCAACUGCGAAGAACUCAAAAUUCCCUUCAAGUCGGACAAGGCUGCAAAAGUCGUGGGCCACCUGGCUGCGGUACCACCCCCAAACAAGCUCGCAAAAGCCGAGAACGAGAAUGGUCCCGUGGCUCCUUUGGUCACGGGCGUUUUAGUGCAAAACGACUUCAAGAACUCCGUGAUGGACCCAGAAGACCUGCGCGAGUAUGCAGGCCUGACAGCAUCGAUGAUGGCUUCCAAGCAAAAACUUACCUUGAGUGCCGCCGGCAUAGAUCUCGUCAAGUGGGCUCUUGAGAGCACAUUUGGGAGCAUUGAGGAACUACCAGAGUCGAAGGACCGCGCUGUGAAGAAUGGCAAAGAAUCGAACGGGGACGAGAAGAUGGAAGAAGCCGACGAAGAAGUUGCCCGGCUUGUUGCUGCUUACUUAGUCAUGGGCUGUGUGACGGUCCGGUACCGCAACAAUGGCGAAGUUGAGCUCGAAUGGGAGGGUAAUAUGCUGAACGACGGAAUCGCCGACACCAUCAUCGCCGUCUUACUCUCGACAGAGAGCAGUCCCGCGGCUGUCAAGCAGUCCGCAAGCAAACACCCGCAUACCCACGGCCUGCCGGACCGCAAUCCACACGCCAACCUAUCACCUCAGGACCGACUGGAGCGCCUCUUCCUCUUCCUGGAAGCCCAGUUCGGUGCUGAUGCUGUCACACCAGUAGCAGUCCCAAAACUAGCACCGUUGACGAAAGACGCCAAGGCGCAUAAAGCAGGGUCCGACGCUGGGUCGGACGCAUCUAUGGAGUUGUCGGAUGAGGACGAAGAGGAAAAGCUGCUUGAGCUGAGGCAGAAAACGGAGAUUGAGCGGCUGCAUAAAAUGGGCAUUCCCGUUCCUGGAGUCAGUAUCAAGGUUGACAAGAUGAUCGCAACGGUUUGGCUUGAGGAUCUUGAGGUGGAGUGCCCGAAUCGAGUCUUUGCCGAUCGGGUCAGGGCCGUUGUGGAGAGGGCUGUUGAGGUCACGGCUCCUCUGUGGGCAUAA